AUGUUUCUCCGCACUAUCCCAGUGCCCCUGUUUGGCAAGGCUUUCGCGCCGAACUAUCACGUGCGAGAGCUGUGGCUCGAGCGGCACUACACCUUCUACAACCUCUGGGAUCGGAUGCAACACGCGGCCUCCGUGCAGGUUUUUGCGGCCGACUGCUACUUCGGCCUGAUCGCCAUGCUGCUCAAUGCGCUGCCUGCCAUCGAGUUCGAGCAUGGCCUGGAAGUGGCCCAGGAGGUCUUCGGCAGUGCCAUCGACAUGCUUCAGAGGAACAACGAGUCGGAAGCUGCGAACUGGACCAUUCCUAGGGAGCCCCUGGAGCGACAGUUUCCGCUCUUUCUCGGCCUCCAGGCGAAUGAUUGUGCAGGUGCCAGCUUCCGUGUCUACGUCUACGAGACGAAGCGGUUCUCGCUGGGCUCAGUGUUCUGCUCUGCUGGACAGUGGGGUGUGGAAGUGCUGCUGCACCGCUUCUUUGCCAGCGGGUCGUGCCGAACCUGGAACCCCGACGAGGCGGACCUGUUCCUGGUUCCUGACUACCGCGCCUGCCACAUCCAUCUGGCACCCAACUACCAGCACAAGGGCCUGACACUCCUGGAGGGGGACGACUACCACUCGCAGGUCAUUCGGAACCACAAGGACAAGUACCGACGUGCGGAGGAGGCAGAGAGCAGCUUCCUGGGGCUGAUUCAGAGCUUGCCCUACUUUGAUCGCAAGAAGGGCAUGGACCACAUCUUCAUCUUCUCGGAUCAGGGCUUCAUCGUCAACUUCACACACACCUUCCCGUCUUGGCGGGACCACAUCCCUCACUCCAUCUUUCUCACGACGGAGGCCUUCACGCCGGGUUGUGGCCCGGGCUGCUUCUCACCCUGGAAGGAUGCCGUCAUCCCAGGCCACAUCGACCUUGAUCGAAUGGAGCGCAUCCGCAGCUUCAACCAGCCUUCCAGCAACAGAAGCCUGCUUUUUAACUUCCAUGGGCGCCUUCCCGUCAACCACGACUACUACGAGAAGGUCGGCGUGCGCCGGGCGCUGCUGCAAUUCGCGGAGCUGCCGGAUGUGAGCGUCGGCGGCUUCAUCGAGGAGUACUUCGAAGUGAUGGGCAGCAGCCACUUCUGCCUGAUCCCGGAGGGGACUUCUUCGUGGACGAACCACCUCUAUGAGAGCUUCUUCGCCGGCUGCAUCCCACUGAUCCUUUCAGAUCGCUACGUCCUUCCUUUUCAGGACCUCAUCGAGUGGCCCUCCAUCAGCAUCCGCUGGCCUCAGGAGGCAGUAUCUUUGGACCUGUACAUGUACGUGAAGGAUCUCGUGCAGACACGCCGUCCACUUGUGGAAGCCAUCAAGAAGCGCGUGGAUGAGCAUGCGUGCUGGUUCGACUUCUACCGCUUCGACCGGCACUGCUCGCCUUAUCGCGGAGUGGUGCACGACCUGGAGCAGCGCCACCGAAGAAUGCCGAAGUACUUGCAUCCGCACCACUGGAUGCUGUAG